UUUUCUAUUCAGAUUCUCCUUUUUAUUUUUUUAUUCUGUCACCGAAAUCGAUGGAUUUGAGGCUGCGAACUCCGAUCAUCGCUGCAGCAGCGUUGUGUUUGAUUUUGAUCGGAACUCAACUUUCAAAAUCGACCGCUUUGGUUGCCACCCAUGAUUUCAAUCCUCCAUAUCCUAAAGCUAUUUCGGACUUAAAGGAAGCUAUUGUGAAGGGAUUAGGGUUCCAAGCUGAUGAUGUUAAGAUAACCGGGUUUGAUUUGAGGGAUGUCCUUGUAGGGAAAUCGAUAGCGUAUGAAUUCGAUGUGGAGAUUGAUAAUAAAGUUCUGCCCAUCAAGCUGUUGGAGGAUGUGAAGAAAUGGGAAUACGUUGAUUUGCCGAUUUUCCGAAUGGAGCACCCAGUUAGGCCAGAAGACAAAAACGGGUUGUUAGAGAAACAGCAAUUCGACGAUCAGAUGCCUGUUCUCGCACCUUUUCAAUUGGCUGGUCCAAUGGAGUUAUGGAUUCAAGAUGCCAAGGAUAUGAGAAUAUCGUUGCCUCACGAUGUGGAUGCCGGUGUGCUGAAGAAAGUGAUUUUAGCAGAUGGUGCAGUAGUCACCGUAAAGGGUGCACGUUCGGUUAGCUUACGUCACCCGGUUGAGCUUCCACUUCCACUCAAUCGAACAAACAACAACUUCGCCUCAGGCCUUUUAGCGCUAGCGGAGCAUCUCCAAGAAGCCGCCCGAUCCCAAGAUGGCCCACUACUCUCCCUCCGCAUAGUGGGGCCCACAUCGCUCUCAUCACCCGCUGCCACGUCAUCGUCGCCCUCCAACAACAGGCUCAAGCUCAAGCGCCUCGCCCCCGGCCUGGUGGAGUUAUCCUCCCCAUCUGCGUCGAAGAGGAGGUCCACCGUACCCACCGUGGACCUCCAAGGAGAGGGAGAAGCCACCGCACUUCUCGCGUCGGAUCGAUUCACCACGCUCUGGCCAGUCGUGUCGAUCAACGGCUCGAACGCAAACUUGAUGGGGUUCGAGCAGCUAUUAUCCUCUGUGCUGGGGCGCAGGGCGGAUAAGGCGGGGUCGUUCAAGCUUCUGAAGGCUGAUGUGUCUGCUCAGACGUUUACGAAGAUCGGUUUUCAGGUGGAGAAGAAGGUGAGAGAAGGCGAUGUGAUUGGUUUCGAGGGUUUGCCCGCGUGGAGGACUAAGCCCUCUACUGUGAGGAUGCAUUUUGAAGUGCUGGCUAAGGUCGACGGGAAUAAGGUUGUACCGGAGAGAGUCGUACAGGUGAACCCUGUAAUAGCAGAGGAUUCCGUGGCACACAGUGUCCUUGUGGGCAAUGUUACAAUGUCGAAAAUGCCCCUCGUUCAGCAGCCUCCAAAUCCAUUUGCCUUGUAAAACUCUUGUUGGGAGAUGAAGUAAUAUUCUUGAAGAUGAGCUAACCGUGAAGAAUUUUUUUUUUCUUUUUUUUUUUUUUUCUUUUUGGGUAGUGACAUAUAAUAUAUUAGAUACAUCAUAUGCCAUGAGAUGGUACAAUAUGUGAACUUCUUGUAUAGCAAAUAUAGAUAAGUUGAUGAUACCUUGUAAAAGUGAGUUGAUUUUUGGGAUUAAUUUUAUUGAUAUACAUUUAUAUA